AUUAUUCCUCUUUCUGAUAAAAAUGACGAUUGUGAGAAAAGCUAAGCCAAACAGUGUCACAUAAAAGGCUUCGAUUUGAAGUAGAAAAUAUUAAGUUUCACUUGAGAAUUGAAUUCUUUAAGCGCAGUUACUAUUUCUUCUUAAAGUACUAAAAGGUCAGAAAAAAGUUUCUUCAUACAUAUUUUACUCUGAAAAAAAUUGAAAAAUGACUCCUGAUAUCGUUAAUGUAAUUCUCGUCGUAUUAUUUAUAUCAAAUCUACAAUCAUCAAUUGAAGCCCAAUUAAAAGAUUCAAUGUGUGGGCCAUUGAAUGUGAAUGACCUAUUAAUAGCAAAUAAAAUCGCAAAUAUUACAAUAAAUGAAAAAGGCGACAUUGCAACCGUUCAUUGCCAAACAGAUUAUUCCCUUCGAGGAAAUUCAAGUAUUCCCUGCAUUAAUGGAAAAUGGGACCAGAGUGAAGCUCCUAUAUGCUAUCAUAAUGAUUGUCUAAAUAAUUCUUUAUAUUACAAUGUUACAAAUACAACAUUAAUUUUAAUCUACAGUAAUUUGCGUGAUGUAUAUUUAAAAUAUGUAUGCAAUGAAAAUGACACAAAAAAAAAUACAAUUAUUGUACGCUGUAAAGAUGGACAUUGGCAUGGAAACUCUGAUCAAUGCAAUAGUAUUGAGAAUAUGAAUACAAGUAAUGAGAAUAAAAAUAAUAGUACUAUGAAUAUUGUUGAUGAAGAUAACGACGAAAAUGUUGAUUUUGAUCCAACAGUGAAACCUUAAUUAUCCGAACUUUUUUUGCCUUUCCGAAUCUUAAAAUUGAUUUUUUAUUUUAUUAAUAAAUAUUUCUAUUUUAAUUAUUAUUUAAUAUCAAUAUAAAUUGUAUCCAUUGUUUUACUUUAAUUAUAUACACUUGAAAUUUCUAUUAUCACAAUCCGAUCCUACCUAGGUUAGUUCGGAUAAUCGAGGCCCCAUUGCAUAAUCCCUUAUUAAAAAUAAUUACUGGAAUAACUAUUGGAUUUAUUGUGAAGCAUGAAAAAGUUCUAAAAAUCAAUUGUUAUAAUUUUCAUUUAAUAAAAUUUCAUUAAUUAUAAUUUUCAUUGAGUCGAACUUUAUUUGUUCGAAUUAUACUUUUGGUGAAUUUUUAUUUAAUAUAAAAGACAUUUUUAUGAAUUUUCAUUAAUCGAUUUAAAGAAAAUUUUGCAAAAUAAUAAUUCGAACAAAUGAAAUUCGAUUCAAUGAAAAUUAUAUCUAAUGAAAUUCUAUUAAAUGAAAAUUCUAACGCAUUUCGAUUAAUUACUGGAAACUUCUGUUAAAUUUUUUUUACGAGAUGUAUUUAUUUGGUACAACAUUUUUUUUUUAAUUUCCGAGGAAUCGUAAUUUUUUGUUAAAUAUAUUCCUAUGCAUUUAAUUUACAACAAAAAAAACUAUUGCGCCAACUUAGGAGCUAUAGUAAUUAUUGUUCAUAAGGAACAUUUGGUUAACCAACCAAAAAACUCAUAAAAUUUUGUUCUUCAGCAAUGAUGGCGCUAGCCUCGUCAGUAAACAUGUAAUUUUUAAUUGUAUAAUAAACUGAUUUAAAUUUAUAA